UCUGCAUUUAUAAGAAAAACAUCCUUUACUUGUGUAUUAGGAACGAAACGUUUCGAUUUGAAAAACCAGAAACAGGAACUUGAAUUUUCGCGAAUGGAGGAAUAUAACGCAGCAGAGACAGAAUCGAAGGAGAAUAUUUGGUGCAGAGAAACAGUGCCAAAGGUUUUCAAACUUGUCUGCUGCACAUUACCUCUUUCUAACACAGACCUCGUUUCGCUCCUUCUUGUAUCGCCUUCACUUCACCGAACCCUUCUCUCUUGUCAACCCCUUUGGGAGUUUCUCAAUUUGCGCGAGUUAAAGAAUGCGGGGAAUCGCCUUAUAGCUGCCCUUUCUUUGCCUAGAUAUCGCCAUGUGAAGCAGAUUAACCUUGAGUUUGCGAGAGAUGUUGAAGACACGCAUCUCAUUCUUAUUAAGGAUAAGUGUUUUAAUUCUCUUCAAAGCUUGGAGUCUUUAAAUCUGAAUGCCUGCCAAAAAAUAUCGGAUACAGGAAUUGAAGCAAUAACCAGUUGUUGCCCCCAGCUCAAAAGCUUUUCGAUCUACUGGAAUAUCAGGGUAUCUAACACAGGACUACAAUAUAUAGUGAAGAACUGCAAACAUAUAGUUGACUUGAACAUAAGUGGAUGUAAGAAUAUUUCAGACCAAGGUGUUCAACUUGUUGCUGACAAUUAUCCAGAACUAGAGUCACUAAAUUUGACAAGGUGCGUCAAAUUAACAGAUGAAGGUUUGAAGAGUUUGUUGCAAAAAUGUAUUUUUCUUCAGAGUUUGAAUCUCUAUGCACUGUCAAGUUUCACAGAUGAAGCUUACAGGAACUUAGGUCUUCUAUCACGUCUGAAGUUUUUGGAUCUCUGUGGCGCCCAGAAUCUUUCAGAUGAAGGACUCUCCUGUAUUUCUAAGUGCAAGAACCUUGAAUCCCUCAAUCUGACAUGGUGCGUACGUGUGACUGAUGAAGGGGUCAUAUCCAUUGCAAAGGGUUGCACCUCUCUUCAGUUUCUAAGACAUUGGUUCAGCAUACCACAUUUCUCGAGUGGCCAAGCUUGUUUAAGCUUGUUUGGAAUAGUUGGUGUGACUGACAAAAGUCUGGAGGAACUCUCAAAGUCUUGUUCCAACAAAAUUACGACCCUUGACGUGAAUGGAUGCAUUGGCAUCAAGAAACGAAGCCGUGAAGACUUGCUACAAUUGUUUCCCUAUUUGAAAUGCUUUAAAGUGCAUAGCUAAUGAGGUGGUUGAGAAAAGAAAAUUUGGUGAUAAAAACAGUCCUUUAACAAUUAGGGCAUAUUAACCUUGAAAUUUGCAAAUUUAAUCACAAAUUUUUUCCUAUUUCUUUCUUCAUGUGGUGCCUUUUUUAGUUUACCAAUUUAUUGUAGUAAAAUUAUGUAUUUUUGGGCGUUAGAAAACCGUGUGCAAGUAAUUUUUGUUGAUUUGAA